AUGGGGAUGGAGGCGAAAUGCGGUGGCCUGGCCGUAGCUGCCAGCGCCGCUGUCCGGCGGCCGCUACAACCGCGGGACACCAACGUGGCGGCGUCCACGGUGGUGGUCGGGAAGGCUGCUGCUGCGCCUAAGCCCAAAGCUCAUCCAAAGGCGGGGACGAGGCCGGCGGCUUUGCCUUCACUGCCGCCGCCGGCACCGCUGUUCCCGUUGGCUGUGACGGCCCAGUGCGGCGUGUCUGUUGCGGCGGGGGUGGCAGAAGUGUCGCUGGCGGAGGAGCUCGAGAAGGCUCGGGAGCGGCGUGCUCGGCUCCGCGCGGCGCGGGAGCAGACGGAACGGGAGAUGGAGAGCCGCGCCGAGGUGAUGGACCGAGCGGCGGCGGAGUGGGAGCGCCGCGCGGAGGAUCAGCGAAGGCUCGUCUCGGAGCUCAUGCGCCUCAUCGGGAUGCCUGAGGUGUACACACCGGUGGAAUCACUGAGAUCCAAGGAAGAGAGGAAGCGAAGGGGGGCCAUUGUUGCUCAUUCCGGUUCGACGGGUUCCAUCUCGACAGCAUCAACAUUGCAGGCUGAUGUUGGAGCAGAAGCCUGUAGUGAUCAUGAAUCUGAGAGCAAUAGUCUAGCCGUACCUACCAAUCAGCGAAACCAUUUUAAUUUUCUGAUGCUUGCAAACGUCAACCAAAGAAUUACAAAUGUUCAUUCCACGACAUUGUGA